GCCGUAGACCCUGCUGAAUUUUGGUUCAUUUUCUUUUUGGCAAUAUUCCCGUAACAUGAUCAAUACAUGUCCUUUCGCUAUAUAAUGACAUUUCACAUACAUUUUCGGCAUCAGUUAGCAUUCGUUCGCCCCACAAACAACACCUCACAAGUAUUUUGCAGCAUGUAUUCUAAGAUCAUUGUUAUUCUGGCUCUUGUCGCCGCCGUCAGUGCUCAAAGCCACUACGGACAUCAACAACACUACCAGCCCCAGCACUACCAUCACGAAGAGGAACAUCACGGACCAGUGCACUACGAGUAUCACUACGAUGUGCAUGAUGACCAUACCGGUGAUGUUCAUGGCCAGAAGGAGGCUCGUAAGGACGACUCUACACAGGGCGAGUACUACCUGAUCGAUGCCGACGGCCACAAGCGUACCGUUACGUACCACGUUGAGGGUAAGAGCGGAUUCAUCGCGGAGGUGCACCGUGAGCCGAUCAAGGGAUACCAGGCACCGCAGCCAGAGCACCACCAAUAUCAGCCGCAAUAUCAUCAUCAGGCUCCGGCUCACAACAACUACUAGCUUAAAACUAUGUAUAGUAUAGCCCUGUAAAUCGAAUUUAGAGCUAUGAUAAAAUGUUUUAUAAAUGAUAAAUCUAUUCAAAUUUGUUUUGUGCCUUGAAUUAGUUAAAAAUCAUUCAUUACUCCAUAACUUCGUUAACUGAUGCGUUUAGUUUGAAUGUGGUUGAUUUUCUCUGCGUUAGCGACUCAAUAUAAUUUUAAAAAUUGAUUAAAUUAAAUUUCACGUAUUUCAAAUGUAUAACAUUAUUGGACAGGCUAG